AUGAAUUCUGGCUGGUCUAUUCGUCAACUAGACAUUAAAAAUGCUUUUAUUCACGGGUCACUCUUUAAAGAAAUCUACAUGGUUCAACCUUCUAGUUUCAUUGAUCCGACUCAUCCUAAUCAUAUCUUCAAGUUACAUAAAGCCAUCUACGGUCUCAAACAAGCACCACCUGCCUGGUUCCAAGAAAUUAGUUCGUUUUUCCUUGCUUAUGGUUUCAUUCAAAGUCAGGCAGAUUCUUCAAUGUUUGUGUAUCGUAAAAGGUUAGCUCAGGAGUUUGAAAUCAAGGAUCUUGGCCCUUUAUAUUAUUUUUUGGGUGUUGAAGUAGUGCGUCAUCCUGAUCAUUUGCUUCUAUCGCAGACACGAUACACAUGCUUGAUUGCUCCCUCAUCUCUUAGUGUUUUUAAGUGCCGUUUGAGGCAAAACGAAGCCCACGACGAGCUCUAUGCGGUUGUACCAACAAUUUCAGUUUUGGUGUUCAUUUGUGCAUUCGAGUUUAGAGACCCACUUUCAAGGGUUUUGUUCAAUUUAGAGGGUCGUUACGACACAUUAGACUUACUUUGCCGUAGUAAUAUGAUUGAUUGUAAACCAUGCACUACGCCGAUCUCUGCUCGUAUGCACAUGUCUGCUUUUGAUGGGGCUUCUUUGUCAGAUCCGUCUGAGUAUCAUCGUUUGGUCAGUGCAUUACAAUAUCUCACUCUUACAUGGCUAGAAAUUUCCUUCGCCGUGAAUCAUGCAGCUCAGUUUAUGAGUCACCCUCAAGAACCACAUUUGGCUGCUGUAAAAAGUAUACUUCGCUACUUGAAAUGGUCUUUUGGGCACGGGAUAUCCUUUCAAUAUUCACCCGGUGCUAUUCAUCUUAUUGCCUUCUCCGAUGCUGAUUGGGCAGGUUGUCCCGACAAUCGUUGA